AUGGCUGCACCAUCAGAUUAUAUGGAGGAGGUGGGUCAGAGUAGUAAGGGUGAAGUAGAUGAUAUGGAUAUAGAUGACGACUCAAUGGACGCGACUAAUUUACGUGACUUGGGGGAAGAAACUCUGAGAGGUUUCUGUAGGAAGGCAGCAUCUUUGUUUUUUGAUGAGUACGGUAUCAUCAGUCACCAGCUGAACUCUUAUAAUGACUUCAUCAGUAAUGGGUUACAGAGGGCAUUUGAUUCAUUAGGCGAGGCUGUUGUUGAUCCUGGAUAUGAUGCAUCUAAGAAAGGAGACGGCGAAUGGAAACAUGCAUUAGUUAGGUUUGGACAGGUCACCCUCGAUCGACCAAGUUUUUGGGGUGGCUCAAAUGCUAAAGAGCAUAAUAUGCUUCCCAGGCAUGCCAGACUUCAGAACAUGACAUAUUCAGCAAGGAUGAAAGUGCAGGUCGAGGUUCAGGUAUACACUCGAAGGGUUGUUAGAAGUGACAAGUUCAAAACGGGGAUAGAUCAACUUAUUCAAAAGGAAGUCGUACAUACUGAAAACAGGGAAAUGAUAAUUGGAAGGAUCCCUGUUAUGGUGAAGAGUGACCUUUGCUGGCUGAAUACGGUUGAAAAGGGGGAUUGUGAUUUUGAUCACGGUGGCUAUUUUCUGAUCAAGGGUUCCGAGAAGGCUUUCAUUGCACAAGAGCAAAGUUGUCUGAAGAGACUUUGGAUUUCAAAUAGUCAGGGCUGGACUGUUUCCUAUAAAUCUGAAGUUAAGAGGAAUAGGUUGAUUGUUAGACUCGUGGACCUCUCUAAAUCGGAAUACAUUAAAGGAGAAAAGAAAGGCCUCUGUGUAUAUUUCUUGUCAACAGAGAUCCCUGUAUGGAUAUUGUUUUUUGCCAUUGGUGUGAGGUCAGACAAAGAAGUGAUAGAUUUGGUUGAUUAUGACAGCAAUGAUGCUAGCAUUGUAAAUAUAUUCUUUGCCUCAAUUCAUGAUGCUGAUGAUAAGUGCGAGGGUUUUCGUAAGAAAGGGGAAGCACUUCAUUAUUUGAACGUUCUGAUAAAAGAGUCCAAAUUCCCACCACCAGAAUCUGAAUCUAUUGAAGAGUGCAUUAGUGCAUAUCUGUUUCCCAGCCUCAAUAGCGUAGGGCAGAAGGCUCGCUUUCUUGGAUAUAUGGUGAAGUGCCUUUUACAGGCCUAUACUGGCCACAGGAAAUGUGACAACAGGGACAGUUUUAGAAACAAGAGGUUUGAGUUGGCUGGUGAGUUGCUUGAACGAGAGCUCAAAGUUCACAUUAUACAUGCACGGAAGCGCAUGACCAAGGCUUUGCAGAGAGAUCUUUAUGGAGAUCGUGAUGUGCACUCAAUUGAACACUAUUUGGAUGCUUCCAUAGUGACCAAUGGUUUGACAAGAGCAUUCUCAACUGGAGCAUGGUGUCAUCCUUUCAAAAGGAUGGAGAGGGUUUCUGGAGUUGUGGCAAAUCUUGGACGUGCAAAUCCAUUGCAAACGAUGUUAGAUUUGCGGAAAACAAGGCAGCAAGUCCAAUACACUGGAAAGGUUGGGGAUGCCAGAUACCCGCACCCUUCUCACUGGGGUAGAGUUUGCUUUCUCUCUACUCCAGAUGGUGAAAACUGUGGUCUUGUGAAGAACUUGGCUGUCACAGGAAUUGUCAGCAUCAACAUAUCAGAACCACUAGUUGACAAAUUCUUUGAUAGUGGAAUGGAGAAACUAGUAGAUGAUACCUACAUUAAACUGAAUGGGAAGCAUAAAGUAUUUCUGAAUGGGGAAUGGGUUGGAGUUAGUGAAGAUUCUUCUUUGUUUGUUAGUGAGCUAAGAAGCAUGCGGCGCAGGAGAGAAUUGUCAUAUCAGGUGGAAAUCAAAAGAGAUGAACAGCAGGGAGAAGUACGCAUAUAUUCUGAUGCUGGAAGGAUUUUACGUCCUCUUUUAGUUGUUGAGAACUUGGAUAAAAUAAAAGCACUUAAAGGGGGAAAUUUCACCUUCCAAUCUCUUCUGGACAAGGGCAUUGUCGAGUUUGUUGGAACUGAAGAGGAAGAGGACUGCUGUACUGCAUGGGGUAUAAAAUUUCUCUUAGAGGAAGCUGAUAGGAAGCAACCUAUGAAGUACACACACUGUGAACUUGACAUGUCCUUUUUAUUAGGUUUGAGUUGUGGAAUUAUUCCCUUUGCCAAUCAUGACCAUGCAAGAAGGGUCCUGUACCAGGCUCAAAAACAUUCUCAACAGGCAAUUGGUUUUUCCACAACAAAUCCCAACAUCAGAGUUGACACCCUGUCUCACCAAUUGCACUACCCCCAAAGGCCUCUUUUUCGUACAAUCAUUUCUGAUUGUUUUGGUAAACCUGGAUACCCACUCGGUCAUAACGCAGUCCUGCCAAAGCCGGAGUUGUUCAAUGGUCAAAAUGCUAUUGUGGCAGUUAAUGUUCAUCUGGGAUACAACCAAGAGGAUUCCUUGGUAAUGAAUCGUGCUUCUUUGGAGCGUGGCAUGUUUCGUUCUGAGCACAUUAGAAGCUACAAGGCUGAGGUGGACAACAAGGACCUAGCUGACAGGAGGCGGAAGUCUGAGGAGUCCAUAAAUUUUGCAAAAGUACAAAGCAAAAUCGGACGGGUUGACAGCCUUGAUGAUGAUGGUUUUCCUUUUAUUGGUGCUAAUAUGCAAAGCGGUGACAUUGUCAUAGGGAGAUGUGCAGAAUCUGGGGAGGAUCAUAGUCUAAAACUGAAGCACACUGAAAAGGGCAUGGUCCAGAAAGUAGUAUUGUCAUCUAACGACGAGGGGAAGAAUUUUGCUGUUGUGUCUUUGAGACAGGUUCGAUCUCCAUGUCUUGGAGACAAGUUCUCAAGCAUGCAUGGGCAAAAGGGUGUUCUGGGCUUUUUGGAGUCACAAGAGAACUUCCCUUUCACAAUUCAAGGAAUUGUUCCUGAUAUCGUCAUCAACCCACAUGCAUUUCCUUCACGACAAACUCCUGGUCAACUCUUAGAGGCUGCUUUAGGAAAGGGAAUCGCCUGUGGGGGCUCAAAGAGAUAUGCCACCCCUUUCUCCACUCUCUCUGUUGAUGAAAUCACAGACCAGCUUCACAGGACUGGAUUUUCUAGAUGGGGAAACGAAAGAGUUUACAAUGGUCAAACUGGUGAAAUGGUUCGUUCUCUCAUAUUUAUGGGUCCAACAUUCUAUCAGCGGCUGGUCCACAUGGCUGAAGACAAGGUAAAAUUCCGAAACACAGGACCGGUACACCCACUCACAAGACAGCCAGUUGCAGACCGUAAGCGUUUUGGUGGUGUCAAGUUCGGGGAGAUGGAGCGUGACUGCCUCAUAGCUCAUGGUGCGUCUGCAAACCUGCACGAACGUCUUUUUACUCUCAGUGACUCUUCUGAAAUGCAUAUUUGCCAGAACUGCAAACUCGUGGCCUCGAUCAUCCUACGGCCAGGUGCCCGCAAGAUCAGGGGUCCCUAUUGCCGGGUUUGUCAGUCUGGUGAAGACAUUAUCAAGGUUAGGGUACCUUAUGGGGCCAAGUUGCUGUCACAGGAGCUAUUCAGCAUGGGCAUAAGUUUGAAAUUUGAGACCAGGGUUGCUUGA